CUAACCGUAGAAACGACGCUGCGUUUUCAAAUUUCUUCGGUGUAGUGUGGACGCUGCCUUAAACGCAAACUCAAAGGCGAAUGAAAUGCUUGAGGCUUGUGUAUCAUGCACUGGCUCAGUGUUUGUAUGUGCGUGAAUUUAGUUCUCUUGUUCUCUAACAAUUGAAUUUAAUUAGAAGCGCUGAUACCUGCUUCGAUUGCUCCAGUUGUCGAACCUUCUUUGCUUCUGUUAUAUGGCUUUUGCUUGUUUAGCCCCCUUAUGUCUAUGCUCCGUUACCCUAAAGAAGGAUAUUCGUUGAGUUAAUUCAAGAGACGACGAUCUCUCGGUUACUCGUUAUAAGAUCUUUCUUGUCAUGCUAGGCUGCUGGCAGUCAGGCGUUUCUCUUUAGGUCAGGCGAGUGUCGCACCCACGUCUUGUGCGGCCCAGUCCCUUCUAAUCUGAAAUGAAUCGCCUCGUAAUCCCCGCUUAUUUCGAGAGAAAAUCAGACUGCCAACAGGUUAUUGUCAAGUAGCUUCGGUUGACAUGUUCAUUUAUUUACUUUAUGUUCCUCGCGGUUUCUUAUUUUCUCUAUAAGGUCCCCAGGUUCUUUUGUGAAACCAACAACGUAGAGUACGCAAAAUAAGAUUUCAUUACAGAUUCAAAUUAAUGAUCACAAAAUGUCCGAAAAAUUUCAAAUUGGUCAUCGAGUUUCUUCUCUGAGAAGGUUUAGGAUCACAGAGAUCGAAAGCCUGGGCAGAAAAAGCACGGCAUAAAAGUGACAUCAUAACACGAGACAAGGCACUUUCCAGCCAACUAAAAGUUCUGAUUUAAAUUUGAGGAAAUUUUCAGUGACGAAUGGAACAUCAUUUUCCUGAACUUCCGGAAAAGAGGACAAUCUCGAGAGGUGUACCGAAAUUUUUUAAUUGUAUCUUUUCGUUCUAUUUGAUUUUCCUCGUUGAAUUCUAUCAUUUCGGAAAAUAACAGUUUUCGAAUUUGCCGGAACCUUUCCAAGGAAAUUUCCGUACCAUUUGCACACGUUCCGGAAGUUUUGGUUAAGUGCCAUGGACGCUAGAGAUUUGAAAAGAAAAUUCCAAAGCGAUGAUAGCACCUUGAUGUAUGUGCUAAAAAUAGAAGCAUUGCAAAUACCUUAUGAGGCUACUCGGAUCUCUGACGUGUACGUCAUUCAGCUCACAACUUUGACCUCUCUCGAGUGUUAAGAGCCAGCCAGGCUGAUAAGAAGCUGUCUAUUUUAAAUCAGAAAAUCAUGGCAUACAAUGUUGUGUUCGGACUAGACAGUUUCAAAUUGCGUGUAACUGACAAAUGGGCUGCCUGAAACAAGUUAUAUCAAUAACGCGAAACCAGCUUGUUUGCAUUCAACCUGUUGAACACUGCUUGGUAAUUGGCGAUUUCUUGUGCCACCAGCUAACUCAUUUGCAUUUGCUGCAUGAAUCGUGACGAAUCUGCAGAGUUAAUUCUGCACGGUAGAAAUAACAGAAUGGAGCCGUCGCUAUUUCGUUGUGGUGGUAUGUUGAGCUGUUAAUGGAGCUUCUCUGGAAUUCGUUGUGACUUGCAAAACUGUGUCUGUAACGAUUUCAGAAUACAACAGUAGUACAAGCCACAUCUACGAUUAAUGGGAAACUGCUUGACAAGAAAUGAAGGGACCAGCACGGACUUAAGACCCGAUAUCGGAACCUCGCAGAUAGAUAUCUCAUGGCCGGAUGACUUCGAGGAUAUAGGACCUGCUAAUCUUCCCGAUGUCUUCGUCGAAAAUGAUAAACUAACUCUGAAUUUGAGUUUCUGGAAGUUGAAGUCACUACCAGCACAGGUUUGUGAGAGACGGACCAUCGAAGUGCUCAAUCUCAAUUGCAAUAAGAUUUCGACUUUCCCUUAUCAAUUUGCAGCACUUCGCAAUCUCAAGGAGCUUCACCUCGGAAAUAAUUAUUUAGAGUUUCUUCCCGCUCAGGUGUGUACCUCGGUCAAAUUAGAAGUCUUGGAACUGAAUCGAAAUCUCAUCGAAACUCUGCCAUAUUGUGUUAGUCACCUGUGCUACCUUCGAAGGCUAAAUCUAGCCUUCAACAACAUUAAGAGCCUUCCUCCUAGUAUGCGUUACCUAAAGUGCCUGGAGUAUCUAAACAUGGAAGGAAAUGCCCUUGAAAAUAUUCCCGAAGCUGUUUUCACAUUAUCAAGUCUUAAGGUUUUGGUUUUGAGUGACAAUGACAUCGAGUCUAUUCCAACUAGCUUGGAAAAACUCGUCCAUUUGAAGGAGCUUUAUUUGGACGACAACAAGUUAUCGGAACUUCCAGCUGCACUGCUGCAGUUUCUGUCCGAGCUUGAGACCCUAAACGUAAGUAACAACGCCAAACUUUUAACUCUGUGCAAAAGUGAAAAGCCCAAGAAGCAAGUCAAGCAGAAGUUAAACAAUGUAGAUCCAAAUGCGAUUGCAGAAGUCCAAAAAUCCUUUCCCAUCCCUCCUGAAACUAGCACGGCAGUGGCCGAGGAUCGUUCUAUGAUAUUUUCGGAAAUUAAUCUCAACGACCCUGUAGAGGAGAGGGACAUAUUUGAAGGAGGACAAGGACUUUGUUGCUUGAAAUCUGAAGACGCAAAUCCUAACACAGCUGAGGUUGUGAAGCGCAAGGCCCAUGAAACCACAACAAGGGUUGGCGAGGCUAUGCGCCCAUCACCCAAGUGGGGUAUACUCGUCCGUGAGCUCAAGAAAGCAGGGUUUCUACCAACGGUUAAUGUACAGCUUCCGAAACGUCCGAGAAAGGAAAAGCCAGUCAAAAUAAAGACUCAAGGGUCACGCUACACAUGGAGAGGAUGGCGUGUGGAUGCCCAUUCUGCUUCUGCUUCCCAGCAAGACGCGUCGUUGGCUUCUUCCUUUGAUGACGAAAUGGACGAGUUUGGGCAUCCACUCAGCAUCCGCCAAAUUCUUCCUGCAGUCAGAAGGGUCGGAGGGAGGCUAACUCUUGAUCUUAGUUGGCAUGAGCUCAAAUAUGUCUCUCCAACCGUGUGUGAGUUGGUGAAUCUCAACACGCUUGUCCUUGACUACAACGAAGUUGAUGAGUUGCCUUUUGGAAUCGGCAAGCUUUCCAGGUUGCGCAUUGUAAGUUUGAAUUAUAACAAGCUUGCUUAUCUUCCGGAGAAUUUGCGAUUUCUCGACAAUCUCAGACGCUUGUAUCUAAACGGCAAUCAUUUACGAACGUUUCCAGAUUGGUUUGAAAGUUUCCAACAGCUCACCUAUCUCUCUGUAGAAAACAAUGGAAUGCCAUUCUUUCCCAGUGCAAUCUGCUCCUUGGUCAAUCUGGAAUACCUUUUCCUUGCUGGAAACAAGAUAAAGGAAUUGCCUGACAAGAUUAAACAACUAAGACAUCUGAGGGAAUUGUUUUUAGGGCGGAACACUAUUCACACUAUUCCAUAUGCCUUUGCGGAACUGGAUUCAUUGCGCGUAUUGUGUCUAGACAACAAUGGCCUUGAGACGAUCCCAUUCUCCGUCGUGAGUUUGCUGGAAUUACAAAUAUUGAACCUCAAUGGCAAUGCCCUAACGUCGGUGCCUGAUAGUAUCACUAACCUUCGUAACUUAGAAGAACUCGAUUUGGGAAAGAACAACAUCAGAAACCUGCCAUUUUGGUUCCAUCGCCUUCAGAUCCUUCAAGUGUUGUCUCUAAAUUGCAAUGGAAUGGGCACCUUUCCAGAAGUGCUUUGUAAACUACCAAAUCUCCAUUCACUUGACUUCGGUCAAAACGAGAUAACGGAACUCCCAGAUUUUCUGCGAAGCAGUAUCGGAGAAAUGACUGACUUGGAACAGCUGGACCUGUCCAACAACCAUCUCAAAUGGCUGCCAGAUAAUUUCAGGAACCUGAGGAAUUUGGAAAUCCUUCACAUCGAAGGUAAUCUUUUUACGGAACUUCCAGGAAGUAUUGGCGAACUUGUGAAUCUUCGUAAACUUUAUGUGGAUAAAACUAUCAAGAUUCCGCACGAAGUAUUCCAACUUUCUAAACUGGAAAUUCUCUGAUCUUGCUACGAAUUGAACAGCAAGGGUUUGCUGUCGCGGCGACUCUCGCACCCAAAUCUCACUCUGUUUGACGUGGGAGAUCUACGUUCGAGAUUAGCUGGGUGGCUUUUUCAAGUGAAAUCUUCAAAGGCUAACACCGCAUUGUUGCUGAAAUCUAUAGAGUUUUUGAGUUAUAAUUGUGGACUACCAUUCGGCCUGCCUAAAAGUUUAUCUCAGUGGCCCAUCCAUUUGUGUUCAGCCAUUUUCUAUGUUCAAAGAUUUUGUGGAAUAAUUGUGGAAGGGAUUGUCCAGCAAAUUAAUACAUUUUAAUUGAAAAAAGAUCUAAAAGUUUUCAGAAUAAAGAAAUGGAUCACCCUGUUAGUUUUCUUUUCCCGUGCACGACGCAAAAUGUAACGCAACUGAAGGUAGUUUUCGGAGUAAUUAUGAAAUGCCAUUUCAAUAUUCGAAGAGAUUUGUUGUCACGCGGGUGUCACGCCAGUACACGAUCUCGGAGGUAUUGUAAUUACCAUAUCGAUUGUCUUUUGCUCGUCACGCAAUAGCCUUUCUUUAAUUUAUGCGUGACGAUUCCAAGAGUCUUAUGCCAGCUGCCUAAGAGAUAUCUGGGAUAUAUGUGAACAGGAGCCUAUCAAUAUCACCGACUGGCUCCUAAUAGGAGUCACUCUUGUUACAGUUGUUGAAAUUAAAUUAUCUCGACGCUGGUGCCCCGGACUGGUGCGAACAUACAUUUAUUUUCAGUUUCACUUAAUACUUACACCCCGCGUUCACUGGUAUUUAUGAGGCUAGAAAUUUCAGACUAGAAGGGUUGGGGAUGAGACAUCGGUAAGGCAGUCAAACCCCUUUUUGUCCAUAUUGACCUAUAUGCAUUCUUGUUCAGGGAUAAACACCCUAGGAGAGAAAGACUGGCUGGCAACAGUGUAAACGAACUUUUAAAACGAGCGUUGAUGUUUUCGUCUAGACAUAAAUUAAACAUGUCAAUCAUUCUUGGACAAUAUCCAACACAGGAACCAAUCAGGGAGCGGUGUAAAUGCAGCCGGACGCGUCACAAAAUCCUCGAUAUAGUGUUUACACCGGCGCUAAGGAUUAGGAUUAUUCGAUCAAUCGUAGACCCCGGGCGCAGACCAUUUUAAUUUUAGGCCUAAGAACUGUUUGUGAACGAUGCUUGCUGUUUGAAAUGGAAAUCUUAGAAAACAAAAAGAAAAAUACCUACGCAAAAGAUGUACAAAAUGACUGAGAAAUCGAGGGGUGCCUCUCGAUGAUAUAAACAGAAACAGCUCAUCAAUGUGGAAAAACACUUGGCAAGAACUGCAGCAGAAAGAUAGCCCGGUGGUUCAAAAGCCGACGAAAGUUUAAACACCCACCGCGCGCCCCGUCACCCG